UGGGUCCAGGUCUUUUUGUCAGAAAAACUGAAGAUAACUGAAGGUACCCGGAAGUUUCAGAAACUCCGCGACUUUCAUCCACUCAGCUGACUAAGAUGAGGAACAGGAAUAGGGGGUCUAAUCUUGCCCUCCUCCUGUUGGCCUCCCAGGUGUUCCAAGUGGGCCUGGACAACAUCCCCCCUGUUACCUUAGCAACACUUGGCCUGAAUGUCUACCUCUAUUUGUUUCCUCUCAAACCACUCCUACAGACAUGCGUGAGCGUGCAACAGGCUUACUGGUAUGGCGACUGGCGUCGCCUCUUUCUCUCCCCUGUCCACCAUGUGGAUGACUGGCACCUCUACUUUAACAUGGCCUCUUUCCUUUGGAAAGGAAUUCAGCUGGAGAGAAGGCUGGGCGGGGCCUGGUUUGCCUACCUGCUGUCAGUCUUCUCUCUACUCACAGGAGUGGUUUACCUUCUCCUGGAGACGGGGCUUUCAGAAUUUAUGGAUGAUUCUUCAUAUAGCAUGCAAUGUGCUGUUGGCUUCUCAGGAGUGCUGUUUGGCCUGAAGGUGGUGAAUAAUCAUUACAAUCCAGGCGGAGUCAACUACAUCAUGGGAUUGCCUGUGGCCAAUCGCUAUGCCUGCUGGGUAGAACUGGUGCUGAUCCACAUUAUGAAUCCAGGGACCUCUUUUGUAGGUCACCUGGCAGGCAUCCUUGUUGGGCUUCUUUAUACUUCUGGGCCCCUGAAGACUCUCAUGAAAACUUGUGCAGGCUUAUUGACAUCUAAUGGAUAUAGCCAGAGGCAAAACACACAUUACUAUUCCUCUGGAUACAGUGGAUAUGGGGACCAACACCCACCAGGUGGCUACAGACAAGGCUCUUACACCCCCCACCGGGCAAGCGCACCCCCCCAGCACCCCUACACAGCAGGCCUGUCUGAGGAGGAGCAGUUUGAGGCUGCUAUUCGAGCUAGCCUGAAUGACAGAGGGGGCUCCACAAGACAGAACAGACCAGCAUAUGGUUUUAACGUGUCCCCUGACCCAAUCGCAGAUGAAGUACGCCAGAGACGACUACAGAGAUUCGAUCGCUGAGCGAACUCUUAAAACAGAGACAGUACUGACUCAGCACUGAAUGUCACUGAAUGUGUAAACCAACCAUUCAGGAGAAGGAAAGAAUAAUACAGUGUCUUCCAUUAAGUUGCGGAAUGGAGUGUCAUUAUGAGGUCAUCAGUAGUUUCCCCAAGAUUCCAUUCUUGGUCUUCUUGGUCCCAAGAUUCCAUGUUGAUGUAAAUUCUUAUGAUCCUAAAGGGUGUCAAAUAUGUAUCUCCACAGCAAGUGCCAAAGGACUUACCUAGAAAAUGUGCUUUGUUCAGCAGUCUUACACUAGCUGCCUUAAACCAACCUUAGGUGAAUCAUUCUAGUUUAAAAAAUUUGUGGCACUUUUACCUUUUUUUGUAAAGUAUUUAAAAUUUUAGGGCAUGUUUAUGUUAGUUAAGUGUUACAUUUCCUCUUAUCUAUUUAUUAUGGCAGUUAUUAUAGCGAUGCUAUGCAUUCACACAACCGUGCACUAAAUAUGUUGUUUAACCCUUACGUGGCUGCGUCCAGUUGGAGCACGUGGAGAUCUCCAGGUUAAGUUCACUUCUAUAUAGAGAGAGUACACAUCCCGACGACAGACACUUAGAAAAGAAAAUAAGUUAGGGUAACAUUAGCUUCACUUCAUCUCUGUGCUCCGAAGAUCAUAGUUAUUAUCCACACUCUAAGUAUUUUCCUUACUAUAAACGACAGACGCUAAUACUGGUAAUGUAUCGGCAGCUGUGGGCCUAAGGUGCCUAUCUUUAAACUGUUGCCUUGAUUGGAUGAGU